GUCUUUAACCGCCUCAUAAUCAACAACACAAUCUCUAAAGACUUCCAGUACAUCCGCGACAUUUCUGGCAAUGCCGGGCUGUACAAUGACCUCUGGCAGAAGUCGUUCCCCAUCUUCGGCCCCGAGAACGAAAACGUCACUUGUGGUCGCGGUGCUUUCCCCGUUCACAACUCCAACACCAUUGAGACCGCCACGAUCCUUGCCGGUGACAAUGUUGGCUUCAUGGUUUCAGGUCCAUACUACGAGGGCGAUUCGCAGCCGUAUAUCUUCCAUGAAGGCCCAGGACAGGUGUUCCUGUCAAAGCUACCGAAUGAUUUGAAGAGCCUAAACGACUAUGAUGGGAAAGGAAAUUUCUUCAAGAUUGCAUAUGCGGGACCA